AUGAGCACCUCAAAAGUCCUCUUCACUCCCACCCUUACAGCCAAUGUCUCAAGAGUAGCUAGCCGAGGCCUCGUUACCUCGACGGCCACAGCAACAGGUCUCAGAGCCGGCUAUGCGGCCACCAAUCCUUACUCCAGACGGAACUUCUCCCUCUCCCGUAAGGCUCAACUGGAAUUCUUCCCCCCUCCCAAGAACCUUCCCCAUAUCAAGACGACCCCUCCGACGUGGCCACACCCUGACGCGAGCGAUUCACAGCUCAAAAGCAUCGAGAUUGCCCAUCGUGAAUGCCGCACCCUUUCAGACAAGACGGCGUACAACAUGGUCAGGCUUUUGAGAUGGGGGACAGACCUAGUCACUGGUUACCGCCAUGAUCCAAACAGACCUUAUGUGAUGAACGAAAGAAAAUGGCUGAUCCGGUUCAUUUUCCUCGAGACUGUGGCCGGUGUACCGGGCAUGGUUGGAGGCAUGUUGAGACAUUUCCGCAGUCUACGAAGAAUGAAAAGAGAUAACGGAUGGAUCGAAACCCUUCUAGAAGAUGCCUACAAUGAGCGGAUGCAUCUGCUCACAUUCCUCAAGAUGGCCGAACCGGGCUGGUUCAUGAAGCUCAUGAUACUCGGGGCUCAGGGUGUCUUUUCCAAUGGGUUCUUCUUGGCCUACCUCGUUUCCCCAAAGACCUGCCACCGAUUUGUCGGGUAUCUGGAAGAAGAAGCAACCAAAACUUACACCUACGCCAUCGAGGACCUUGAGAAUGGCAAGCUGCCCGCCUGGGAGAACCUCGACGCGCCCGAAAUUGCCGUCAAGUACUGGAACAUGCCAGAAGGCCAUAGGUCCAUGAAGGACCUUCUGCUCUACAUCAGAGCCGACGAGGCCAAACACCGAGAAAUCCAUCACACUUUGGGCAACCUCAAUCAGGCUGAAGAUCCCAACCCCUUUGUUUCUGUGUACAACGAUCCCGCCAAACCUCAUCCAGGCAAAGGAUUUGAACACAUCAAGCCCAAAGGCUGGGAGAGGGAGGAAGUCAUCUGA